UGUUUAUAAAAGUGUGAAAAGUGUUUUUCUGUUGUAAAAUUUUUUCGGUGAAGAAUCUCUUUAGUAUUUCUCUGAACAUUUUAUUGAAAUAAAUAUAUAUUAAUUUUUAAUUUGACAUCCAUUUGCCAAAUAUAAAAAAUGUUUUCGGGACUUACAAAUCAAGUUACCUCUUUGUGGGGAUCUGCUAAAGGGGAUCAAGAGGAACAAGUACCAACCCCUACUGAAACAGAUCCAGCAAAAGAAAUAAAUGUUACGGCUUCACCAACAAAUCCCGAUGAUUCUAGUCCUACUAAAGGUAGUAAAUUAGAAAUGUUGGCGAAUGUGAAAAGUCAAAUGACGGGAUGGUUAGGAUCCGGCGUAAGUGUUAUUCCUGGUUUACGUGGACGACAAGGGGGUGAUGGGGCUGAAGAUACUACUGGAAUUUCUGGUGGAAUUGAUAAUCCAGCCCAAGAUCCUACCAACGAAUCACCCAUACCCGGUUCGCCUAGUAAACAAAAAACUGACGAUGACGAUAAUUCUAGCAACCGGUACAAUAGGGAAAUGGGCAGAGAUGUAACAGAAGGAGCUGACAGUGGUCCCGGUUCUGGAACUGGAACUCCAACUGAAGAUAAAGAUGCCAACUUUGAUGCUGGAAAAGUUUCAACAAAAGCUUUAGCUGGUGUGAAAUCAAUGGGAAGCUUUUUGUAUUCGGCUGUAAAUAAAGCUGGCGCUAAAGUCAGCGAAGCUAGUGCUAAAAUUAAGAAAACAGUUGAAGAAAAUAGUAUAUUGGGCGAGUUUAAUAAAGAACAAGAAGCCUUUAUCAAAGAACAGCAAGCAAAAACUGCUACCUCAAGUGUUCCUCCAUGGGUUGGUUGCCCCAACGAAGAAGCACUUAAAGAAGAAUGCUUAAGUCUUUCAUCUAAUCGAAGAAACUUCAUACGCGCACCUCCUGCCGGAGUUGAGUUCAAUUUUGAUUAUGAAGUAUCUUAUCCGAUUGCAGUAGCCAUUAUGGCUGAGGAUCCAAAUUUAGAAAAGAUGCGCUUUGAUCUUGUGCCUAAAGUAAUAAAUGAAGAACAAUUUUGGCGCAAUUAUUUUUAUCGCGUUAGUCUUAUUUGCCAGGCUAAUGAGCAAUCAUUUUCAAGUGCUGAUUCAGUAGAAAAUUCAGCAGUUAAUGAAGAAGAAUGGAUGAAAGAAAUCGAUGCAGAAUUAUCUGAAUUUGAAGUAUUAUCCACGGAUAAAGUGGACGAUGAGAAUUUCGAACAAGAUUUGGAGAAACUUGAAAAAGAAAUACUUGGUUAUCAAUUGGAUUCAUCUUCGGCUGAACCAUCAGAGAAAUCUUCAAAAUAAGUAUCAAAAUUUUUUAGGUUAUAGAAACUUUUUUUUUUAUAAUUUGCACGCAAU